UUCCCAGUUCCUUCUACCGUCCAAUAAAAACCGCGUGUGAAGUCAAAGCCCAAGUCCAAUUUGCCGAACAUAUCAACAACCCUUAUUGAGGAACAUAAAGUCAGAUCCUGAUUCCUUCUUUCUCCUCUCCAUAAAUUUUCUUUUCCCAAACAUUUCAAUAUUUGGUUUCUCAUUUCCUUUUUUUCCCCCUCUCCGUAUAUUCUCUAGAGUCGCCUUCGGGAUCGAAGAAAAAACGGCCACCAGAUUAUUCAGGCACAGCUGAAGGAUGUUGGAGCAGUUGCUCAUAUUUACUAGAGGAGGAUUGAUCCUAUGGACAUGUAAAGAGCUUGGAAACGCUCUCAAGGGAUCACCAAUUGACACCCUCAUCAGGUUCUGUCUCUUGGAGGAACGAUCUGGCUCUAACUCGUAUAACUAUGAUGCUCCGGGUGCUGCCUAUACCCUCAAAUGGACCUUCAACAACGAGCUUGGCCUUGUGUUUGUGGCUGUGUAUCAGCGGAUACUCCGGCUGCUCUAUGUGGAUGAAAUGCUUUCCAUGGUGAAGCGUGAAUUCUGUGAGAUAUAUGAUCCCAAGCGGGUGGACUAUAAUGAUUUCGACGAAACAUUUAGGCAGCUGAGGAAAGAGGCAGAAGCCAGGACGGAGGAAUUGAAGAAAUCAAAGCAGGUGGGUAGGCCUGCCAAUGAUUCUAAGAAGCAAGGGCAUGUGAAGAAGGGUGGGGCGGAUGGCGGAAACAAGAAAAAAAGCGAGGCUACUGGUGGCAGUGAUGAUGAUGAUAAUAGGGCAGGUUAUAAUAAGUUGGAGAAUGGACACUCCAAUGGCCAUCAUGUUGCAAGUGAUGGUUCUAGGAAAUUAGCUGUUGGUAAUGGUAAAGAAAAUGAUAGUGUCAAUGUUGGAGCUUUUGAUGUAAGUAAGCUCCAGAAGCUUAAGAACAAAGGAGGAAAGAAAAAUGAUACUGUUGUUAGUGAUAGUAAGGGUUCCAAAUUGGACACAAAGAAAAAAGCAACUAAAAAGAAUAGGGUUUGGGAUGAUUCACCUUCACAGUCGAAAUUGGACUUCACUGAUCCUGUGGAAACUGGAAGUGAGAAUAUAGAUGUUGUGGCAGCUAACCAAGGAGAAAGCAUGAUGGACAAGGAAGAGGUUGUUAGCAGCGACAGUGAGGAUGAAGAAGAUGAAGUCGGCAAGGGGAGUGCACCUGACUCUAAGAAGAAGGGAUGGUUUUCAUCUAUGUUCCAGAGCAUCGCAGGAAAAGCAAAUAUAGAGAAAUCCGAUCUGGAACCAGCUCUAAGAGCUCUCAAGGACAGGCUCAUGACCAAGAAUGUGGCGGAAGAGAUAGCUGAGAAGCUUUGUGAAUCAGUUGCUGCUAGCCUGGAAGGUAAAAAGCUUGCAUCUUUCACAAGGAUAUCUUCAACUGUCCAGGCAGCUAUGGAAGAUGCACUUGUUCGGAUUCUGACUCCUAAGCGGUCUAUUGACAUACUGAGGGACGUACAUGCUGCUAAGGAACAAAGGAAGCCUUACGUUGUUGUCUUUGUCGGUGUCAAUGGGGUUGGAAAAUCUACCAAUCUAGCUAAGGUUGCAUAUUGGCUUCUGCAGCAUAAUGUCAGUGUUAUGAUGGCUGCUUGUGAUACAUUUCGGUCUGGAGCUGUUGAGCAGUUGAGAACUCAUGCACGCAGACUUCAGAUUCCUAUAUUUGAGAAGGGCUAUGAAAAGGAUCCUGCUAUGGUGGCGAAGGAAGCAAUUCAGGAGGCAACUCGCAAUGGUUCAGAUGUGGUUCUUGUGGACACAGCUGGGCGGAUGCAGGACAAUGAACCUCUGAUGAGGGCGCUAUCAAAGCUUGUUAACCUCAACAAUCCUGAUCUUGUGCUCUUUGUUGGGGAGGCAUUGGUUGGAAAUGACGCAGUGGAUCAACUGUCAAAGUUCAAUCAGGUUCGGUUCUAUGCAAUAUGCAUCAGUUGGAGCUGCGCUUUCCAUGGUUUACAUCUCUGGAGCACCGGUGAUGUUGUGGGUUGUGGGCAGUCUUACACAGACCUGAAGAAGUUGAACGUGAAAACCAUUGUCAAGACCCUUCUGAAAUGAGUCGCUAGUAGCAGUUUCAACUGGUGUUUCCUGUCCUUUUGCUUUUGGUGGUGGAAUGAUUUUCUUUGACGGGUUGCUUUCAUUUUCGCCUUUGGGACUAUGCCGUUAUGAACUGAAAACAUGUUGGGUUGUCUGCCAGAUUUCUAUAUUCUCUUUUGUAGCUUGCUGGUGUUAGGGAUAUUUGUUCUGUUGGAGGUGAAUUGAAAAUGUUCCCCUUUGUUGUGCUCUUCGUUGUUCCAUUUGGGUUAAGCCUGCUUUUUUUUUUGGGUAGAAAGACGGACGCUAGAGCGUCCUACUGAACAUUACCAACGAAACGUGACUACGCAAUGCCCAUAACAUCAUACAAUGAUCCAUAGGGCAAGGCUCGGAUCCUCCACAUGGAACAGUACUAGCUAAGUGGUCGGCAGCAAAGUUUCUGUCCAUAUGAUUAUGAACAUGAGAGAUACAAACUCUCCAAUCUUUUUCAAGAAUAUGUCUAACUUAUCG